AUGGCUGAACGAGAGAAAGAAUAUCACAUAAUUGAUUCAGAAAGACAGUCAACAUUCGAUGAGGUAGAAUCGGAAUUAGAUUUUAGAAAUGACCCUCGUGUGCAGUGGUUUAAAGAACGCAUUCUUAGCUACAUCGGUAUAAAUGACGAAGAGCUCUUCUAUAAUAUGCUCGACGAAGGUGAUGCAAAGCAAAAGUUGGCUUCUUUUGUUACAUCACCUUUAAAACAAAACGAAUUGUCGCUAGAUAAAAGGACAUUUUACGUUUCAAAAAUAAUUGUUGAUAAACUUAUUCAUGAGGAUAAAGAAUUUACCGAAUGGCGAAUUAUUCCUCCUCCUCCACCGCCACCACCAACAGUAAAAAAGGGCAAAAGAGGGAAAAAAACCAAAACCGAACCGGUACCAGAAGUAGAACCAGAAGAAACUGAAGAUGAUAAGCAAGCUAAAAGUAUGAAGAGUAUGAAAAGCAUGAAAAGCAUAAAGAGUAUGAAAAGUAUGAAAAGCAUGAAAAGUAUGAAGAGUGUAAAGAGUGUUAAAGAAGGUGACGUAGACGAGGAUGAAGAAGUAGACACAGUGGCAGCAGCAGUCACGGAUAUAUUCGAUAUUGAGGAGGGAACGAAAACUUCAAUCGAUCUACGAAUAGAAGAGGAAUUACCAGUAGUCGCUGAAGAUUUGUAUUCGUUUCCACCGCCUCCUGAAGAUCUAGAUCCAGAUGUAGAUGGAACUUUGGAGUUUUACACGGUCAUUAGAUCCGUCCCGCGUAUAAUACAAUAUCCAAAAUUAGUACCAGUUUUUGGAGCAUUUACUCCUCAAGUGACUCAUCGGAACAGAAAAUAUAUCUAUUUCAUAAGACAGACCCAGGACGAAAUACCGUUGUCUGAAACACCUAGAAUAACUAAACUUAAAAUGCCACAAUACAUAUUAGUGGGUUCUACGAGUGGGAAAGUGUUGAUGAGCCUAGGAAUACAAUUGAAGGAGACGUUUAUAUCGUUGUUUGAGAAGCAAUUCAGGGAGAUCACAAAUAUGACUACUGAUGUGUCCUCUACAAUUCUCCCGCGCCAAAUAUCUUAUGCAGGUCAACAUUACACGAUGGAAGAUACUACUUCUGAGGUGAAUUAUUUACGCCCAUCAGACUAUCGCAGAAUGUCUAAUGUAGCCAGAGGCGAGAAUGCAGAGAGAAGGAUUAAAAAUAUGAGAUCGGAAUCUUUUGCGGCUCCAAAGAAACCCAAAGUAGCGAGACCUUCAUCUUCUAUAUUAGCAACAGAAGCUCCAGAAUUUGGCACCAUUGAGCUGGAACCUAAGGAAGUUGAGUGUGAAAAGAAACCGACCGCAUCAGAAGUUAUAGCGGAUAUUAAAAAUCUCGUUGGUAUCGUUGAAUGGACUAUAGAACACAUUGAAGGUGAAAUUCAGCUACCAAUGCCAAAUAUACCAUCGUUAAUGGAAGAAAAACCUGGUCAUGUGGAGUUUAAUGAUCCAGAGUUGAAUAGACAACUGGAAGAAGCGGUUAUGAUGUGGCAGUCUCAUAUUGAUUCUACUAUAUCUGCUUGUUUGGGCAAAACACGAGAAGGUGAAGGUCCUGUAGCAGAAUAUAAAUACUGGCGCGAGAGGGAUGCUGAAAUCUCCUUACUAGUUGAACAAUUAAAGCAGCCAAUGGUUGUUAAAAUAUUGGCAAUUUUGAAAAAGUCUGCUUCUCCAUACAUAGAGGAAUUCCAAGGCUACAAGGAGAGACUAAUGGAGCAAUACAACUUGGCUGGAGACAAUCUCAAAUUCCUAUCGACGUUAAUGCGAUUCUUUACUGUAAUAGAAGAUAGCACUCCAUUGCAACAAGUAAUAGACAUGUUACCAGAAUUAGUUGAAAGCAUUUACAUGAUGUGGGUGCUUUCUAAAGGCUAUAGAACUGAUGAGACAAUGAUACCUCUGCUUGGGAGAAUUUCAUGGGCUUUGUGUCAUAAAUUGGAGAGAUUUUUGAACGUCCAUAAACUUUUUGAUAAAUCAAACGAAGAAAUUUUAUCACUAGCGCGAGCGGGACAGAGAAUAAUGGAGAUGUGGCACGAACUGUACAAAGAGACGCGACGGAACAUAGAAAUAAGCGGGAAGGGCGCGCGUUGGGAGUUCGACCAACCGUUACUAUUUACGCGUACUGAUUAUAUAGGAACCGUUGCGAGAGAUUUGGGUGAUGUUGUACAGGUUCUCAUUGACUUUGAACGUAUAUUCGGCAAUGAAUUAAAAUCAAUAAUAAGCGAUCCAACUCAAAUAGACGAUGUACGAAAGCGUGUGAAGAAACUAGUUUAUCCAAUACGUACUAUAGAUUUUAGCGUAUUCGUAUUUGAUAAUAAAGAAAAUUGGGAUGUCAUUAUGGGAGACUUUUGGAAUGAGGUUAGGUAUCUCGAGGAAGAGGCCAAAAAUUAUAUAAACCAGAGUUUUGGUAAUUUACGGUCUGCAGAAGAAGCUUUGGAUGUAUUAUUGAAAUUCUUAGAAUUCGAUACACGAGAAGCCAUAAGGCGACAACUGUCCACUAAAUUCGACCUCGUGAUGAGACAAUUCAUCAAGGAGAUCACGGCAAUAGAAGAUAAAUUUACACGUUUUAGAAAAAAUCCUCCCUUACUUCGAAAUCAUCCACCAGUAGCCGGUGCUAUAUACUGGGCAAGAGCUCUCUUUAAUAAAAUGAAACAGCCCAUUAUGAAGUUCCAAAAGGUGCCAGAAUUAAAUGAUUGUGAACAAAAGAAAACUGCCUUCUUACAAUACAAGGCAUUCUCAAAACUUAUUAAAGAGUAUGAAGAAACUAAAUACAGGGAAUGGGUGUCAGACGCUUCAGAGUUCGUCGACAAUGUUAUGAAAAAAAAUAUACUCCAUGUUGUUUUCAAGAAACAAGAUGAGCCUGCACCGUCAAAAGCUCGUGGAAUGCAGCUUACAGCGGCAGGAAAAGCACACGUAGCUAAGAAGAAAGCAUCGAAUACGUCAAUCAAACCAAUUGAUGUAGUUAACAAAGAGAUCGCUGAAAAACGACGAAGGGAUAAAGCUUUAAUGCUAAUGAGAAUCCCUGGUCAGCACUACGAGAACGUGCGGUCGCCGAGCUCCGUGUCGCUGCUUGCGAAAGAGGGUUUGACUGAUGUCACAUGGAGAGACAUGACGGUCCAUAAACUAUUGCAAGAGUACGGCAUCGAGUUUCAACCUAACUUCGACAAGCACAUCUUCCUUAUUAUACACGAAGCGGGACUAAUGGAGAAAUUGGGAUUCGAUCUCCCAGCAAAUAUCCGUGACGUAUCGAUGCAGAAAUUUCGUCUCUACUACGAGCUAGAAGCGUUAGAAACAGUUAUAUCGAAAUAUAACAAGAGUUCCACCUCUCUCAGUCCUUCUGAGACGCAUCUCAUGAAGAAACACCUCCUGGAUAUGGAGAGGCACAUCCUGCCAGGACUCACCAGGAUCACUUGGACUGCUUUAGGGAUACAAGAUUACAUCAAAGAUAUAACAAAAGGGGAAAAUUCACUACAAGCUGUAUAUCAACAACUGAAAAUGGUAGAAAAAGAAAUUCAGUUUUUGCUCGAUCAACUGGAAAUGUUCGAUUUGUUCCCUCUCGUUCGACCAAAAAACUACGUCGAUCCUCAAACAGGAGAGCCCGAUGAGACUUGGCUUUAUCCUUGCAAGACAUAUUUUGUGGAAGUUGAACACGAGCGUCUAGAAAGAACCGCGAUGCUGUCGCGUAUCUACGAUCGCAUCGGACCUAAUUUAAUGAAACUGGAAUACUUGAUACUCGGCACAAGUACCGGAAAAUCAGAUGUUAUGUCCGCUUAUUAUACGUUUUGGGAGAAAAAAAUAUUCAAAAGUUUAGUUACUUUAACCCUAGAGAACCUGCAGCAUUUCCAAGCGAGCCUCAGUGAGAAGAUGCCGCUGUUCCAAGUGGACGCGGUGCUCGCUCCGCCCGACAUCGCCAUGCGCCCCACCGCAGCUGAAGUCUGCAAUAUACUUGGAUAUAAUAUCAAACAUUUUCUCAAUAGGUUGCUCUCAGAUUACACUUCU